AUGUUUGUUCGCACUGAGUGCGACGAAGCGUACUGGAAGCUCUUUGAUGUGACAGCAAGGUCAUUGCAAUUCGUUCUUCGGAUUUACCCUCCUUCCAAAGUGCUCUUGGAAUGGCAAGUUGUCCUUGGCGAAGACCAUUUCGCCGAUUGGUUCCACGAAACAUUUUUGAUUCCACCAUGGGAAUUCUGGUUUGUGACAGCAUCCGGCGUUGCUGGUGUGACGUCGCAUCAACAGCCCAUUGAAAGUCACCGCAAGUGCAUCAAGCAGAUCUGUGCCCAUGAGCUACGUGCUGUGACGUCAGUGGUGCUAAAUCAUACGCUUCCUCGAAUUCUUGUUUCUGACGCGAUGUCGUUCGAAAGCGAGCCAACGUUAUGGGACGUUGCUUCGUUUAAUACCGACACCCUCGACAAAGCCCUGCUCUUAACUCGACCCGUAAACCACAAAGUUCUCGCUGGUGGGUGCGUAGUGUUCAACGUUGGUGCUGAAAUCGAGUCGCAAAUGCUCUGCAUGCACUGUGUCCGUGUGGACGAAAGGAUCAACCUGGGCGAUGCUGUCAGCAAGAUCACGCAGCUCAAUGCAUUGGAGGUAUGCCGCCGAGUGCCCCAAUUACGACAUCGUGGCGACGAAUAG